AUGGACGCCAACCCUGCCCCCGGCGCUGUGCCAGCUGUUGCCAGCAUCGACCAAGUCGUAGCCGACGAGCCGGCUGCCGCCGCGCCUGCCACCUCCUCCCUCGGUGCACCCGCCACGGGCGCGAACCCUCUUGCUGCCGAGGACGCCAAGACGGCCGACGAGCCUGCUGCGCCCGCGGCCCCGGCUGCCGCUGCUGCGCCCAAGGCGGCCACCGUCGAGCCCAAAAGGGUUGUCACCCGUCUGGAUGCCUCGGACAAGGCACGCCCGUCGCCGUGUCGGAAGAGGAAGCCCGGCCGCCCGCCCAAGGCCGUCACGGCCAACGGCACCGAGAACGGCAACGGUCACGGCGAGGACAAGGAGGGGCUCGGCGAGAAGCUUGCGAAGAAGGUCAAGAAGGUGCUGCCCACGCCUGGCAAGACCGCGCGCAAGACGCGCAGCCAGGGUCCUGCUUAG